AUGCAGUUUAUAGCAGCAGAACAACGUGUACCGCCCUGGGAAACACGAGAGGGCUAUAACGGCCGCCCCGAAGGUCGUCGCACAAAGUUUUCGGAUCCUUCUUGGAUGCUCAAGCGCGUUCGAAAAGGACAACAGCGCAUUCACACGAUCGCGAUAUUCGACGUGCAAUCUUCCUCUGCCGCUGUCACCGGCAACGAGCCCUACGAUCUUCUUUGCAGCUAUAGCUGGAAGAGUGCUCUGAAGCCCACCAUCUACGUCCCGGGGACUCCGUCUCUUUAUCAGCCUCCGCGUCUACCAAGGCAGCUACAGGCCGACAAGGGCGCAUUCUGGAUCGACCAACAUGGCAAGCCGAGUCUUGAAUACUCAUUCGAACCAAUAUUCCAAGCCAUGGCUGUCAUGAAUCCUACCAAACGCUGGAAUGGCAUUGACGUCUUGGUUAACAGGAAUUCUCUCCAGAAACUGUUCGAGUUUGCGUCCUUCAAGCGAAGCUAUCGGCCAUUCUGCCUCGAGCUUCAAGUAGUCGGCAAGACCCUGGUGACCGGUCGAAAAGAGAAAGAUCCAAAAGUCUUCCAGUCAAAAGGAUGCGGCCAUAACUUCGAAAAUGCUUUCACUUGCGAAGACUCCAACCUCCAGGACGUCGACGGACAUCACAGGGUCAUUCAGUACCAGAUGGGAGAUUUACAGCUAGCAGUUAGGAUUGAAGCUGAUGCAUAUCUUCAACAUAUCGAGCCUGCCUCUCAAAACCACGACAACUACGACCUACAAGAGUUCUUCGACAAUAUCAUGCACAUCUUCCAACCAGCCAGUCACGCCAUAGUACCCCAUAGCAACAACAGUCAAACCUUUGUCAUAAACUGUGGCACAUACCAGCCUCACAACUCAACGAUAGAGCUCAAGUCAAACACUAAGAAGCGUCAAGCGAGUGAGCAAUGCUGGUUCGGCCGCACAUCGCUUUGCGUCUUUGGUCACCACUACCGUAAUCUCAUAACAAACGUUGAGGAGGUACGUUGGUUUGAGAAAGACUUCGAGAUAUGGGCACAGGACCACCAGCGGCAGCUCAAGCGACUAGUAUGGCUGCUGGAGGAACUGAGACGCGUGGUGCAAGGGGCACCGGGAAAGAAGGCUGUGUUGGUAGCGGUAGAGAAGGGCGCGCCGCUGCAGAUCUUCGAGAUGGAGGGUGAGAAGGGUCUGAUUCCGAGGGAGAUUAUCGAGAGAUUCUGGGAUCAUCACGAUUUACCCGAUACAUAG